GUACUUGUAUACAGAUAAUGAGCUCAUUAUAAUGAGGUUGAACCAUCUGAAAUAUGUUUAUGCAGUAUUUGAUUUGAUAACUGUAUUGUAUUGUAUCCACAGGUUAAUUGAACUAUCAUUUCCAUGUAUUAUUUCCAAGUUUUGUUCUUAUUUAUUUUUUUAAGUGUAAUUUCCCUGUAUUUGAAAUUUAUAGAAAUGUAUAUUAAACCAAAAAAGUAUGCAUUGGUGGUCUAACUUGGUUUUAUUCCUCUGUGUGCUGUUGUAGUUACACACAACCAGAUCAGGGACUACUUGGUCAAUGAAGAGCUUCCUGCAGCCAGUCUUGAUCCUCAAGUGGAAUUUGAAAAAAACAUGGAGAGCCUCUCUGCUAUGAUGUCUGAAUCCCCUGAAAUCCAGAGGGCAUCAUCAUCAUGGACUUUCAGGCAGCAACAAGCCUCACAAAGAUGGAAGGAGGCAAGGCCAUUUCACCUUAAAUGCCUCAUCCAAUCUCAGGGUGUUUGCCAACCAUUUUGUAGCCAUUGCAGCAAGCCUGCUGUUGUUAGAUGCAGAGAGUGCCUACCAGAUCAGUGGUUCUGUGAAACCUGCGAUACCAGUAAUCACAGGAGAUGGCCACUCCACGAUAGGGAGUCAGUCCUUGAGGGCUUUUUUAAAGCUAUUCCCCCAUCCACAUAUUUUGUAGGAGGGGAGGGAGGUUACACCUCACACGACCAAGGUAGGUAAUUGCAAAAACUCUUCUUUAUAAAGAUAGAUCUCUAAUAAAUCUAGUAGGCUUAUUUUGUGUUUAUCUUUCCUUUGCUAGCUUGUAUUUUGCCAAUGGUGAGAGUGACUCAAAAAUGUCCCUGUGAAGUCCCUAGUAUAACUGUGUCACCUGGCAAAGCGGUUAUUUUAAUUUCCAUCAAUGGGCGUUAUGACAUGCACCAGCCAUUGUUUGCAUGCCAAACAUGCCAGCAGCAGUGGGCUCCAGAGUUCUCUGACCUUGUAAACAGUGGAUACUGGCCAGCUUCCACCAGCUCUUCUACAUUGUAUACCCUCAAUCUUUUCAGCAGUGUAAGAGAACUGAAAGUCAUCGCGCCGGCACUGUCCAGACAGGCCUUUGCAAAGCUGUUGGAACAUCGUACAAAGUGUGGUGGGCGGUCAGGACCAGUAUGUGGGGACACGCUGCAGCGCAGCUUUCUGGAGUUUUCGUAUUGUGCUUUUGAGGAAGACAAUUUGUCCUGCGGUGCACCUUUCAGCUGCCCCGCUUGCACCCCAGACAUGCUGGCAAUCUCCGUGGAUGGCAACAGGAAGCUAUACCGGUUUCUCCGAAACGGAAGCUCUGACUCUUCAUUUUUUGAAGGGGCAUUUAUUGCAGAAGACAAAUCUGUGUCUGCAUUUGUUGAUGCCUUGCAUAAAGCUGUGAAACAGGCAGGUUUCAAAUUAUUUGUUAUUUAAAUUAAUAUGCUUUUACAGCCCAGAUUUGCUUUGAAUUGG